AGCGCCCCGACCGUGCUAUCGAGGAAGCGUGUUGUUCAACCCAACAACUGGCGAAGCCAGCAAACGCCUGUGGCCCCCUCCCCCGACAAGGACGUGCUACGAAGUAGAGCGAGCGGUGCCGCGUCUUUGAAGAAAAAAAGAGGCGCUAUUGUGUUCGAGCAUGGACGCUAUGGACGCUGUCACGGCCGUCGUAUGCGUCACAGCGUCGUUGGCCACCGUCUGGUGCGUGUCUGAGGCCUACCUCCGAUACGUGUUCUCCAAACGCGUCGUCGAAGGUACGUUACCCUCCAACGUGCGUCAUUCGGUGCAGACCAGCUCUUACGGAACCUUGAUCGACGCCUGCCAAGAGAUGACUCCGUCCUACCGCGAUGACCAGGCCACAAGCGCCGGCGAAUCGCUGAACGCCGUGCUGAUCAUAGAAGACUCGAAACCUCCACCGUACGACCAAUGCCUCAUGCAAGAGUCCGAACCGCCGCCUUACGUGGAAUCCCUGGCGGGAGAGUGAACGGCGAGACAUGAGCCUGGGACACUUGACCACUGAUUUGCCUAAAAGAAGGCAUUAUCCGAGCAUAGCACUAUGACGCGGACGAACGUCCGGAUUUGAGGUUAGACGUCACGAAGCCAGAUGACGCAACAGUGACAUCACUUCCCUUCACUUGCUUGCGCACGCGCCAUGCGUGCGAAGCGGCGUCACGUAUGAGCGCAUGUUCCAAACGCCACGUCAUCUCAGUUUUCGCCCUAAGGCCGAGCGUGUAUCCGAUCCUAAAUGCAAACUGUCACUGUGGCACUCGUUUUACAUAUAGGCACAGCUACAAUCACUUAAGUGCGUGCUAUCUUUUUUAAAACGUUUUAACUCUUGACAUCGAAGCCCACAGCCAUGACGCCGUGCUGCUGAACUAAUAAAAGCUGUGAACGAAUUAUAACGCA